AUGUUCGAUCACAUGAUGAACCAUCAUGAUGCCAACUAUGAUGGAGAACUCCCUUUUGCUCCUCAGAUAACGCAGAUCCUGCUGGCUUUGGGUUUGGAUUUGCGUUUCAAAGUAGCUCGAGUAGACAUACUUAGCUCUCUUCGGGCUCAGUUUGUGCUCCGCAAAGUUGAUGCUUCUAUUGGACGCCGUCGCCCGCUGGUUAAUGCUCCAGGGGGAGAAGCAGUUGUCCAUGAAGUUCCUCCUCACGAGGAUGGACUCAGUCUUGCAGACUUGGGAGAAGAAGAGGCUAAAGAAGCGCUAGAGACAAUAGAUAUUGUUGGGAUGAUAAGGGAUAAUGGCAAACAACCGAUGGUGCAUCCCUUGGAAGUCAUUCAAGCUUUGUUUCGACAGGAGGGGGAAGCUAGUAGCAGUAGGAAUCAUAUGCAGGAAGAUGAAGAUGGGAUUUCUGAUUAUGUUUCUUCACCUGAUUAUGGGUUCUAG